UGCUGCGUGUUUGGUUUCCUGUAUGAAUAGUAAAUUUGAACCACGUGGUGUGAAAAGCAGACUGCAGCCUCUUUUGUUCAAAUCAAUCAAACCGGAGACGGACAGAGAGCUGCUGAAUCAGGAAAUCACGGCUUCUAGAGAAAGAUGCCCCGCAAGAAGGUGACAGAGGUCUCAGGGAAUGGUGGGGCGAACAAAAAGAGGGCUGGCGUCAAAAGAAAAGAGAGAGAUUUAAGCAGUGACGAUGAGUUUGAAUAUGAACAGGAGAACAACAAGAAACCUGGCAAGCCUGCUGCCAAGUCCGGUCUCCAGCCUGUUACUGUUGCUGAUGAUGUCAAAGAGAAAAUAAAACUUGAGUUUCCAAAGGUCAAGGGGCAGUUGCUCAUCUUUGGAGCCACCAAUUGGGAUUUGAUUGGAAGAAAAGAGGUACCCAAACAGCAAGCGGCAUACCGUAACCUAGGCCAGAAUCUGUGGGGUCCUCACCGCUAUGGCUGUCUGAACAAUGUGCAGGUCAGUUGUGUGGUUUCUGGACCUUGUGCUGCCCACAGCCUUCUCAUCACAACUGAGGGCAAGCUGUGGAGUUGGGGUCGUAAUGACAAGGGUCAGCUGGGUCACGGCGAUACCAAGCGUCUAGAGGCUCCCAAGCUUAUCGAAGCCCUGGCAGAUAAUGUGAUUGUUGCUGCGUCCUGCGGGCGUAACCACACCCUGGCACUCACAGAGGAUGGCAGUGUGUAUUCAUUUGGAGAGAACAAGCUUGGACAGCUUGGUCAGGGCAACCAGACUGAUGCUGUCCUGAGCCCAGCACUGAUUUCUUACAAUGGCCAGCCACUGGUGAAGGUGGCCUGUGGUGCUGAGUUCAGCAUGGUGGUGGACUGCAAAGGAAACCUCUACUCAUUUGGCUGCCCAGAGUAUGGACAACUAGGACACAACUCUGAUGGGAAGUUCAUUGCUCGUGCCCAGCGCAUUGAGUUUGACUGUGAGCUCAUCCCUCGUCGAGUCGCCAUCUUCAUUGAGAAGUCUAAGGAUGGCCAAAUUAUGCCAGUGCCCAACGUGGUUGUCCGAGAUGUAGCCUGCGGGGGCAAUCACACGCUGGUGCUGGACUCCCAGAAACGAGUGUUCAGCUGGGGUUUUGGUGGUUACGGGCGUCUGGGACACACUGAGCAAAAGGAUGAGAUGGUUCCUCGACUGGUGAAGCUGUUUGACUUCCCAGGGCGUGGUGCCACCCAGAUCUAUACAGGUUACCAGUGCUCCUUCGCAGUCAAUGAGAUGGGAGGGCUGUUUUUCUGGGGUGUAACAAACACUUCCCGGGAGUCAACCAUGUAUCCUAAAGCUGUGCAGGACUUAUGUGGCUGGAAGAUUCGCAGCCUGGCGUGUGGGAAGAGCAGUAUCAUUAUUGCUGCAGAUGACAGUACAAUCAGCUGGGGACCCUCACCUACCUUUGGAGAGCUGGGAUAUGGAGACAACAAGCCCAAAUCUUCCACCACUGCACAGGAAGUUAAAACCUUGGAUGGGAUCUACACUGAGCAGGUGGUCAUGGGUUACUCUCACUCUCUGGUCAUCGCCAGACAGGAUAGCCAGCAGGAACAGGAGAAACUGAAAAAGCUGCCAGAGUACAACCCCCGAACACUUUGAUUGGGCCUGGAACCCAACAGCCUCUCACCUUGUUCCACUCCUUUCCACUUCAGCAGAGGGCAGGGACGCUCGGCAGGAAGCAUCUGUCCUGUUAAGCCACUGUUGGUCACCACGGUGUAUGAGUGGGAUGGUUGAGUUAAGGGGGUAGGCUCUCAGAGGUCAGGAGGAUGCACACACGUCAACUGCCAGCAAACUGGCUCAACACCAAUUUGGACAGAAAUUGAAACAGAAAAAUGCAACAAGGGACUGGAGACAGGACAGUUCCUCUGGACCAAUGGCAUCUGUCCGGGUCUUGCAGCAGCCAGCCAAGACAUCGUCACCUCUCACAGCUACAAAGAUUCUACAAAGCACGCAACAACACUCGAGUUGUGCUUCCCAAUCCCUCUGUGUUUUGUAGUCCACUCAAACGUUCAUUGAGCUAUUUAUUGUUUCCCCCUGUAUUUGUUGGUUAUUUUAGCUAUUCUAGUUCUCUCCCACACAUCUCUGGGUGCUACAUCUGGACCCUCACUCUUUUUUUUUUUUUUGUGAGGGCUUUUCAAAGACCAACACUCCAUAUCUGUGCCUUUCUCAAGUGUACUUUCAGGAUAUGGAAUUACCAAUUGUUUUAUCAAAAGUUUAGUUGUCAUACUUUGUGUAUAUGGCAGGGUUACCAGGUAUGUUUGCUGCUGCCAGGAAAUACAACCAGGAUUUGGGAGGUAAUGUUCUGACUGUGUUCUCCUUACAUUGAGAUCUUACAUUCCAUUUGUUUUCCACUUCUUUGGUCUUAAGUAUUUGCAUCAAAGAUGCACACCUUAGUACUUCCAAGGCAGCACUGACUGCUAGGUCUUAUGUUUAUUUCUCCAUUUUGAAUACUCUUAGCUAUUCCAACGCUUAAAGCGGUUUCAGUACCAGGUCAAAGUUAAAUCUUGCACAACCAUUUAAUGCACUGUCUGUGAAAAUGGUUCAGUAUCUAAUAAGGUGGGCUAGAUAAGCAGGCAGUUCCUUGUUUUAAAAUGUGUGUGGGGGGUGGGGGUUCAGUCUUCAUUCAUUUGUUAUACUUGUGUAUCUCUGGGUUAAAGGCUUUUUUUUGUUCAUUGAAAUAUUAAAGACUCAUGUAAACUGGA